AUGGCUGAGUUGGAGUGUAAACUAGACAAUAAUCACACAGAUACAGAGAUACCUUGUGUUUUAGACGAGCUGAUCAGAUCUCGUUCAGGUUCAACAGAAAUUUCAUUUACUGGUCAGCUAGACGAAACAACAGACGAAUGUUGCAAGCUGCCAACUGAGAAGAUUAUCAAAUCUGAUGAACCGGUUUCAGAUUCAAAACAAGUCUACUCUCCACAGUCGGAAACCGUCUCUAUGACUAUAAAAGCCUGUCCUAGUGUUGAUGAACAAAAUCAACAAGCUUCAUUUGAACACAAUUUAGAUCUCUCGCCGAUGACAAUUUCUUCAGACUACAUUACGAUAAAAUCAGUUGUCAAUGUGAAUUCACGUAUUCCAUCAGUUGAAGAGAGUUUCCAUUCAAGUCCCAAAUCAGUCUCAGAUGAAGACAUAGCUCCCGUACAAAAUACUCUACCUAUCAAAGAACUAUCACUUACUACACAACCAGUGUGUAUGGAUGAAGACUUCGAUACAAAUACAACAGGAUCGGAUAUUGAAGUAAUUUCUUGCUCCAAUUCUACAAAUGGUGGUGAAGUCCAUAGUCUGAUUUCCUCUAAUAUGCCUAUUGUGACGCGGUCGGUUGGUGAAGUGAACUUGAGUGCAUUCAGUCGACAUCCAUUUUCACCAAAAAAGCAUUCUCUUAGGGGAUUUAGUGCUCCAGUUGCUUUAAGCAAGUGUUCAAGUCAUCCUGAACAUCGUAGAUCCAUGAGUGUUGGACAAGAUCUAUCUAUGGGUUUGCGAAAUACAACCGAUGAUGACUUAACGUUUGCAUAUCAUCAUCUUGCUAAGAAAUUCUCCGACAUCAAGCAUUUGUUGAAUGUUCGUGAGGCAAAGAUUAUGCAGCUUAGUCAUGAGAAUAAUGUACUACAGAAUUCUGUCACUACACUUCAAGAAAAGUUGAAAACAACAGAACUAGAAGUUUCUCAGCGCUUGGCUGAUGCAGAAAAUCGAUUACAACUUGUUUGUCGUGAACGAGACCAAUUGAAAAGAAGCUUGCUUUCGGCAAAACAAAAGGUCCCAGUUGUUACACGCUCUGUAGGCAGUGGUAAACCUUAUGUAAAUAAUGAUUUAAAACGUGCAAAUGAAUUAGAACGUUUAGUUGAAGAAAAAAAUGAAGAAAUCGAAAAUCUAUUAAGGGAAGGUCAUAAAUUAGCAGCUGAUCAGCUGAAAACGAACAAUAUAAUUAAAAAGCUUCAUUCUGAACAGAAAGAAUACAAGAAAACAGAAUCGUCACACCUGAAACAAAUUGAGCAGUUGACAGCAGAAGUACAACGUUUACGUAGCAACCUGGAAAAUAAAGAAGAACUACUUGGUACCCAGUUGGCGCAUUGUACAAAACAAGCGAAAUUGAUCGAUAGUCAAGACGAGCAAUUGGAACUCCUCAAGGUUCAGAUUAGUAAGAACGCGUGUAAACUCUCGGACCAGGAACACGAACUAGAAAAUCUCAUCAACGAAAAUGCAGAGUUGAAAGAACGAUUGGAUCAAAUUCAAAGUCAUUCGAAAGCUGAAGGUGAUUUUAUUGGAGAUUUAGAGAAAAUUAAAAGUGAAAGUGCAGCUUUGCGAGAAAAGUUGGACCAGUGUACAAACGAGGCGUACGCAUUUAAACGGUUACUCUCUGAUGCUCAACUGAAAAUUGAGUCACUGAACGAAGUCACAACAAAUGCCGCUCAACCAAUUAUGAGGCAGCUAGAAAUUCUACAAUGUAAUUUAUCCAGUCAGACAUUAGAGUGGGAAAGAAAAGAGCAGCAUCUUAACAGACUAUUGGAUGAAUAUAAACAAAUAGCUGAAAAUGCUCAUCUUCUGAAUUCACUUAAACAGAAACAAAGUGAACUGGAGAACGUAAUUUCGAAUGAACAGCAAAAAUCACUCACUCACUUACUUAACUUUCAAGCAUUGAGAGUUAAACUGGACAGUUGUGAAUCGGAGGUGAAUGAACUUCGUCCUCGAAUUAAGGAAUUAGAAGAAGCCUUGCUAUCAGAACACAAUCGUUAUCUAGCACUGGAGGCGAUAAAUAACAACCUACGUCUUCAGCUUCAACAAGCUAAAGACGAAAAAGAUAAAAUAUCGCAAAAUAAUCUAACCGUACAACUGAAUUCAAAUUCUGGGAAUAUGUCUUCAUCUAAUGAAGAAUCUUCGCCGGUAUCUAAUACUUCAAGAAUGUUUAUGUUUCCAAACGAUAUGGACAGCGAAGCUUCCAAGGAGUACAUCCAUUCUUACUUACAUCUACGUGAAGGUGAGUGCGCCCAUUUGAAACGUGAAAUUGAGCAGUUGACAUCUACUCAAGAAAAGUUAUUGACUGAAAUUGCAAAGCAAACGGCGCUAACUGAAAAAUAUGCCAAACUUGCCGGUGUAAAAUAUUCUGGACGUUUGAAAGGAAAUCGAAUAUCUUCUGAAACAUCUGAUGUUUCCUCUUCAGCAAAUAAUAUUGAUGGUAAUUAUUAUAAUGGUGCAGACGAGACUGAAGAAUUACAACAGCGCUAUGAAACUCUGUUGAUUUUGUUUGGUAAAUUAACUGAAGAAAAUGCUGAACUGAAGUUGGAUCUGGCGGAUGUUAAAGAAAUGUAUAAAGCACAGAUUGACAUGCUGCUUAGAGGCCAAUAG